GAUAAGUUUCUUUAUCUUGCACAGCAUGGGGGCUUGUGUUCACUAACCGAUUCCCCCUAUCCUCUCCCACCAGUCCUCACUACCAAAAACUAAAGAGUAGUAAUAGAAACACGAGCAAAAGGAACCUUGGUAAAUUUCAUGGCUUCCAUUGCAACAAUAUCUGCAUCUAUACACAGCGCUUGCUGCUACAGCUCGCAUCAUGCUAAAAUGAAGCAACAACCUCCAGCUGCCCAUGCCAGGCCAAAAACACGUUCACUGGCUUCAAAACAAGUUACCCAUGUUACUACUGUAACCGUUGAUGGUCCUCAAAAGGGUUCAAGUCCUGCAGCCAUGGCUGAACAGCCUGCUUCCCACUUUGUUGUGCCAAAGGUCGACGACAACACCGGCAAAGAUGCAGAGGAGAAUGGGUCAGAAACAAAACCAGAAUCCGGUGGCAUGAAAUUCGUUGAUGAACGGUGGAAGAAGGGAACCUGGGAUCUCAACAUGUUCGUCCAAGACGGGAGAAUGGAUUGGGAUCGUCUGAUUACUGCUGAGGCUAAAAGAAGAAAGCACCUGGAAUUAUUUCCUGAAGCAACGAGGAACGAAGAACCAGUGGUCUUCAGGAGCUCAAUCAUUCCAUGGUGGGCUUGGCUGAAGAGAUCGUAUCUCCCUGAAGCAGAGCUGCUGAAUGGACGAGCGGCAAUGAUAGGGUUCUUCACGGCGUACGCGGUGGACGGUCUGACCGGGAUGGGUCUGGUUGGUCAGACCGGGAACUGGGUCUGUAAAACGGGGCUGUUGGUGACGAUUGUUGGAGUGAUUCUGCUGAGGCGCAGUGGAGAUUUGGAGAAGCUGAGGAAACUGGCGGAUGAGGCCACGUUUUACGACAAGCAGUGGCGGGCGUCCUGGGAACAAGAAGAAGAGAAGAUCUAGACUCGGCAGUCUGAGUCACGGGUUCUCAGCAAGAUCCGGAGCUGAUGCAAGAAAACGGUGUACUACUCUCUGAUGUGAAUGUGAUUAGGGGUGUCAAUUCGGGUUCGGUUUUUUGGUUUAUUCGAAACCGACCCGAUUAUAUACAUUUUCGGUUUUUUGGGUUUGGGUUCGUUUUGGGUUUCGGGUUUUUUGGUUUCGGGUUCGGUUUUGCUUAUUGGUUUUUCGGGUUCCGGCUAAAAACCUCCAAUGAAUAAAACUCAGCCCAUAUUUUAGGCGUUCGUGUUUUCGGGUUUCGGUUUUGCUUUAACCGAACCUGAACCAAAUAAGGAAUUUUCGGGUUUUGGGUAACCGGAACCCGCAAGUCCUUAUCGGAUUCGGGUUCGGUUUUAGUGAUCUUCGGUUUUGGAUUUUCGAGUUUUUUCGGGUUUCGAUUUGGAUAACCGAACCCGACCAGAACUGACACCCCUAGAUGUGAUGCUUAAUGUAAACUAGAGGGUAAUUUUGGAACUUAGAACACCAGAUCAAUUUUGAUGCAAUGAAAUCACUGAGAAUUG